UUAUAUAAACGAUUUCACUAAGCAACUUUUUUCUUAUAUACAAACCCUUUAGUUCGUCCUAUGUAUUGAUUCUCAAACCAUCAUAUAUAUAAAGAUACCAUACGUAGUUAUAAGUUACUUGUGUUGUAGCUGACCUGUUAUAUAUUAUAAUAGAUCAUCGAUCUCUUCUUCGUUUUCUUUAAGAUUUUAUCUUUUCCGAAAGUGGAAAUUGAAACUAAUAAGUGUCUGAGAGAGAUGUUUUGCAUGGCAUCUCGAACGGGAAGGGAGUUGCAGAGAUACAACAGUAGUGGUGGCCGCCAAGUUGUGGGGUGCAUACCUUACAGAUAUAAAGAAGACAGUGAUGGCAAAGUAAGCAAUGAAUUGGAGGUGCUAGUGGUUAGUUCGCAAAAAGGGCAAGCAUUAAUGUUCCCAAAGGGAGGAUGGGAACUCGAUGAAUCUGUAGAAGAAGCAGCUUGCAGGGAAUCCCUAGAAGAAGCAGGAGUUACAGGAAUCAUUGAGCAUGAAUUGGGACAGUGGAGGUUCAUUAGCAAAAGACAUGGUACAUACUAUGAAGGGCACAUGUUUCCUUUGCUUGUCAAGGAACAACUUGAUUUGUGGCCUGAAAAGGAUCUACGGAGAAGAAUAUGGAUGAAUGUUGAUGAAGCCCGAGAAGUUUGUCAACAUUGGUGGAUGAAGGAAGCAUUGGAUAUCCUUGUUGAACGACUCACUUUGCAGCAAAAUAGGAACAUUUAGCACUAAUUAUUGGUUGCAAGUUCAUCUUGUAGAUAGAAAAUUGUUUCCUAUCUCUAUAGUUCGACCAAAUUAAUACGCAAAAUAAUUAAACAAUGUUCUCAAGUUGAAGUAGAUUUCUUUUUUUUUUUCGAGAUUAGAGUAUUUCUCCCCCCAUAAGUGAGAGAUUAUUCUCUCUAUAAAUAUAAUAAAGUGUUAAAGUGA